CUCCGAGGGGUAUGGUCAAUGCCACGGUCGAUCGAAUCGAAUCGAGUAGGUAUAGGUAUAACCGGCCGAGUAGGAUGGACUGGGGCAGGAGCUCUGUAACAGAUAGCGGACUGCACGAGAAUUAGCCAUACGAUCGCUCCGCGCUCAUGAGACUGUGUGAGAACCGAGGAUUAACUCACAAGAGAGGCAGGAAGAAGCGGGACGAGGAAGAGAAGGGAUGGGGACAGAAAGGAGUAGACAGGUUCCGCGGAAGAAUAGGAAUAUGUUUCUGUCCAGAAUAGACACGGUCAAGCAAUGCAAGAAUUACACAGGGGUCUCGAAGGGAUGGGGUACGGAAGGGAGGAAGAGCGUGGCAGGCGAAAAAUGCUUCACAGAGGAAGGAGGUAGGCCCGACGAAGAAGAAACGCAAGGCGACCGGAGCUUCUUCUGUUUGCCAGCGCGAUGCUCCGCACGCAGCAGUAGAUCAAAAAUCGCCCAAAGAUAUUGCGAUGUGACUAUGCUCCGUGCAUGCUCCAGAAACCUCGAACUUCGCAGAUCGUCCUCAUGCGCUCUCUCCAGAAAAGAGAGGGAUAGCCGACACGGGUCCAGUUUUAAUCAGACAAACGUUAGGAGCUCGGAUGGUUCGCAGCGGCAAGGGGUGUGGGGAGGGGCGAAGGGUUGGAGGAGAUUGCAGUUGGUAUGGAAGGAGAAUGUGCUUGUUGCGCAAGACGGCGUGAUUUAGUGGAGUGUCGAACGAUGGGAAUGUGGACGAGAGACGAAGCACGGCAUUAAUGUAAUUCAGUUGUGACACAAGGCGAAAGCAAGCAUGACACCCGAACUGGUCCCAAAGCAGAUCAGUAUUUUAUCGCACCUCCGUUUUAGACUUUCGCUGAGAUGGUGGAACUGGGAAAUCGGUCGGAAAUUAUAUGGAAGGUUUUUAAGAGAGCAAAAAAGAUAAUAAAGAUAAAAUAGUAUGG